UCCAAGGAAAGCCUCUCCUGGCUGCUCCUCCGCUGCACGUUAUUGAGGAGCGGAGCGGAGCCGGAUCCGUCAUGGAGCAGCUUUAGGAGAGGUACAGCACAAGCUCCUCUAGCCCUGCACAGAAAUCACACCCCGGCGGGAGUCUAUCAGCGACGGCGGGCGACAGCGGGGUCAUGCGGUGCGCGGACAGCUGAAUCUGAACGCGUCCGCCGUUACAAAGAUGAGCGCGGAGCAGCAGCGCGACGCGACGCGGGCGGAGGUGCAGCGGCUGUCCCGGGAGCUGGCGGAGACCACGCGGGAGAAGAUCCAGGCGGCGGAGUACGGGCUCGCGGUGCUGGACGAGAAGCAGCGGCUGAAGCAGCGGUACGACGAGCUGGAGGCGGAGCACGAGACCGUCCGCCGGGAGCUGGAGCAGCUGCGAGAGGCGUUUGGACAGGCCCACUCCAACCACAGGAAGGUGGCGGCUGAUGGCGAGAGCCGCGAGGAGUCGCUGAUCCAGGAGUCGGCGUGUAAGGAGGCGUAUUACGAGCAGCGCAUGCAAGAGCUGCAGGCAGAGCUGCGACAAGCACGUAACAUCCUGACCAACGUCCAGUCAGAGAACGAUCGGCUCGCCACCAUCACUCAGGAACUCCAAGAGAGCAGUCAGAUGGUGGAGCUGCAGAGGUCUCGUCUGCACGACGACAUCAAGGAGUUCAAGUUCAGAGAGGCUCGUCUGCUGCAGGACUACAGCGAACUCGAGGAGGAGAACAUCACCCUGCAGAAGCAUGUUUCUGUCUUAAAACAGAGCCAGGUUGAGUUUGAGGGUCUGAAACAUGAAAUUCGUCGUCAGGAGGAAGAUACCCAGUUUCUGAACAGCCAGUUGGAAGACGCCAUCCGUCUGAAGGAGAUCGCAGAGAGGCAGCUUGGGGAGGCGCUGGAAACCAUCAAGACUGAGAGGGAGCAGAAGGCCGCCUUAAGAAAGGAGUUGUCGCAGUACAUGACCAUCGGAGACUCGAUGUACCACAGUCCUUUGAGCAUCUCCCUCGAUGGGCUGAAGUUCAGCGACGACACCUCAAUCGAGCCCAACAACGACGAACCCCUCCACAUCUAUGAGAAUGGCUUUGACAAGAUCGACAACAACGACAACCGUGUUUCCACUCCCAAAAAAGGAGAGCGGUUCCACCCUUCCUCCAGCCUCGUGGACAAUCUGCUGAAUGAGCUCAACAUCUCAGAGAUCCAGAAGCUCAAACAACAGCUGCUGCAGGUGGAGCGGGAGAAGGUGACGCUGCUGUCGACCCUGCAGGAGUCUCAGAAGCAGCUGGAGCAGGCUCACGGAGCGCUAUCUGAGCAGCAUGAGAAGGUCAGCCGUCUCACCGAGAACCUCAACGCCGUCCGCAAACUCCAGGCCAGCAAAGAGCGCCAGUCCGCUCUGGACAACGAGAAGGAUCGCGACAGCCAUGAGGACAGUGAAUACUAUGAGGUGGACAUCAACGGCCCCGAGAUCCUGGAGUGCAAGUACAAGGUUGCUGUGUCUGAGGCGAGUCAACUGAAGGAGGAGCUCAAAACGUUAAAGGCAGAACAUUCAGCCUGUCAAUCUCAGUAUAAGGAGGAGCGGGCGCAGCUGGAGAGCCAGGUUGCAUCUUUAAGCACACAAUUCACUUCUCUGGAGCGCAGCAGCAGAGCCGACCGUGAGCAGCUGGCGUGGCUGGAGAAAGAGCUCCGUCAAGCCAGCGAAGUGGCAGGCGAAUCCCAGGGCAGCCUUAACAUCGCACAAGAUGAGCUUGCCACCUUCAGCGAGGAGCUAGCCAACCUCUACCAUCACGUAUGCAUGUGCAACAACGAAACGCCGAACCGCAUCAUGCUCGACUACUACCGCGAAGGUAAGGCUGGCGUUAAUGGCACACAGACCACAGGCUGGGGCAGCCCUGACAGUCGCGGACGCCGCUCUCCCAUCCUGCUGACCCGUGGCCUCUUCCCCAGCGACGGAGCUUCGUCUCCGGUCUCCUCCAUCCCGUCCCCGGUGCCUGAUCCCCGCAAAGAGCCCAUGAACAUCUAUAACCUGGUGGCUAUCAUCCGUGACCAGAUCAGACACCUGCAGCUAGCGGUGGACCGCACCACCGAGCUCUCGCGCCAGCGCAUGGCUUCCCUGGAGCUGGGUCUCGGGGCAGACCGAGACCAGGAGGCCAGCGUGGAGGAGAUCCUCAAACUCAAAUCACUCCUCAGCACCAAGAGGGAGCAGAUAGCCACGCUGAGGACCGUCCUGAAGGCCAACAAACAGACCGCUGAGGUGGCGCUGGCCAACCUGAAGAGCAAAUAUGAGAACGAAAAGGCCAUGGUGACUGAAACCAUGAUGAAGCUUCGCAACGAGCUCAAAGCCCUAAAAGAGGACGCAGCCACUUUCUCCUCACUCAGGGCCAUGUUUGCCACGCGCUGUGACGAGUACGUGACUCAGUUGGAUGAGAUGCAGAGGCAGCUGGCUGCUGCGGAGGAUGAGAAGAAGACACUGAACUCCCUCCUCCGUAUGGCCAUCCAGCAGAAGCUGGCGCUCACCCAGCGCCUGGAGGACCUGGAGUUCGACCACGAGCAGACCCGCCGCGGCGGAGCCAACGGCCGCUCCAAGACCGCCUCCUCGCGCGGGAAACCCACCCACUCCCACUAACGUUCAGCCGGAGCUGGCACUCAACAUUGCACCACUGCCUACAAACCCAGUAAACCGUCUUGGACCUACUUUUUGGGUUCUUUUUACACACAUGGGAAGCCAGAGGUCACAAAGUCCUGAAUACUUUAAUGCUUAAAAUUCAACUACAAAAAAAAAAAAGAACAUGGGCACAUUCAUCGAUGUUUUGAGAUUUUGUAACCUUUGAUCUUUUACUAUAAGGCUAUAUUGCUUUUUAUUAUAUUAGUCUAUAGCUUGAGGUGAGUCUGUUCACGUAUUUUACACUACUAUUUUAAGAGUAUUCGAUUUCAUCAUGUAUGUCCUCUGUAAGCAGAGCUCAACGUCACGGAUUCAUAACUCACAUGAUCCAUAUGCUCCAGUUCUGUCAUCUUUAUUAAUGAGUCCAUAAGAUUAUCUAUGUGUUGUACUGAAAUGUUAUGUUUCUCACAUUGACACAUUUUACGGCCACGCUUUAAUGCUGGGCUUUCGUCUAUUUAUUAUUACUGUUAUUUUGUCUAUAUAGGAAUAUUUCAAAGUGAACAAAUAAAAAAAAAAAGUGGCUUAAUCUAAUCGGAAGGCUUUGGUUAAACAAAACCAGCGAAUCGAUAAAAAACUGAAUGGAUUUUUUCAUAACACUUCACAAUAAGGUUCAAAUAACAAACAAUGCAGCAUUUAUUCAUCUAGUAUCAUUACUUUAUAUAGGAAUGUGUUUUAUAACAUUGUAUAAAUGAACAUUAGGUUAACGUAUUAUGAUCAAACGUGAAUUAACAAUAAACGAGAAUAUUCAUAUAUUAACAUUAACCUGGAUGCAUCAAGAACUGUACCUUAUUGUAAAUGUUCAUGAUUUUUCUUUCGUUCGUUUCAAGCACCUUCGCUCAAGCUUUACAUGGGUCACUGACCUUCUGCAUUCUGUACAAGAAGAAAUGAAUUCAUUCCAAAUUGGAAUGCUGUAAUUCUCUCUACUAUCGUGCCAAGUGUCGGUACAUCGUUUGGGUUGGUGUUAAAAGGAUCAGAAGCGCUGAGACGAGGGUCUGCCCUGCUUUACCUUACCCUCAGUUUGGUUCAUUUUUCCGUUUAUGAUCUUCAUUCUGACCAUUAGUGCCUUUUUGUUCUUUGAAGAGAGAAUCCUAGCUUAGCGUUUAGUUUUUGUAUUUAAUUUUUCUCAUUCCUUAAGGAAGAGCAGAUGACUUGUUCUAAACUUAGCAGCAGCAAUAAGUACAGAAGACAUUCAUUCUGUUUUCAAGGGUGUGAAGAUAUCAAUGAUUAGAGAAAUAAAACCGAUUGUACUGAAUCCGUCAGGUCAGUGAUCCUAAGAGCAAAUUCAGGGGUUUUAGAAAACGUUAUGUUUCGUCAGAUGGUUUGAAGCCAGAAUUAUCGUUUGCCUCAAUAUGAACAAAAAUUUUGAGACACGAAACUUGUGUGGUGUUUUGUUGUCGGAGACUGGUGUUAUUCUAGCUUUGUAUGGUGAGGUAGCUGAGGUCAUGUGAUAUCGAUAGUAUUGUUAACAAUUGUGAGAAAGCUUGUGUCCUCUUUCUGUUCAAUUGUUUUAUUUUUUAUACAUUUUUCACAUGGUUAUAUGAGCAUUACAAAUUCAGGAAACAGAAAACAUGU